AUGUCAGAAUGCCUCGUAUUGGGAGAGCUUUCUGACUUGAGACUGGAAUCAAAAAGAGAUGAUCCAGGAGUGGUAGCACGUCCGCCUGAUAGAGGUGAAGCACUCAGCAAGGGGCAGCAAAUGUUUUGUCCCAACUGCAGUAGAGAGUUUCCUACAAUCAAGGCCAUUACCCUGCACUUGAAUUCUCAGUCUACCUGUUGGCCACACGAGGAAUGUCUGCAUCAAUUCCCUGUUCCCCCUGGGUUGCGAGGUUCCCAAUCAUCAAAACCUUCUACCACUACUGGUUAUUGUCAUCCGCACUCGGGAUAUGUCUUUGGUGUUGGCAAGAACCUGUUUGACAGGCUGCAAGACGAUCAGUAUAAUUAUCGGCGAGAAAUAAAUAUGUAUUACCCUUUCCAUGAUGAAGGAGAAUGGGAGUUGGCGAAGUUCUUGGUUGAAAACUUAACUCAAGCUCAGAUUGACAAGUUUUUAAAGUUAAAAUGGUUUCACACUCGCCCAAAACCAUCCUUCACCUCCAAGAAGCAACUUCUAGAUUGGACCGAUGCACUGCCCUCUUUCGUGCCAUGGAAAGUUUCGAACCUAGAGUUUACGGGCUACAAGACGACUUAUCCCGUGCAACUUAUUUUGCGCAAUGCUCUAGAGGUUGUCAAACAACUUUUCAGUGAUCCGGUUUUCGCCAAUCACAUUACCUUCCAGCCACACGUAGUCAAUACAGGAAGUCAACGCGAGUAUGGAGAUUAUAUGAGUGCCAAUAUGGCAUGGAAAAUCCAGGACUAUCUGCCAGUAGGUGCUACGCAAGUACCUAUCAUCUUGGGAUCCAAUAAGACCCCUGUCACGCGGAUUACUGGAGGGCUCGAGAUGCACCCACUUUUUAUCACCAUCGGUAACAUCGAUUCGGAGGUUCACUCCAAGGCCACCCUACGAGCUUGGUGCUGUAUCGCCUACAUGCCUGUUAUCAGCAAGAAUGUCUCUCCUGUCACUAUGGCGACACAAGACAAUUUUGGUGAUGGAAUUCUCUAUCCUCCUCAUACUGGGAAGCACACACUACAACUUAUACACGGGAUCGCCAAAGAGAUUGAUCCUUGGGAUCUCGACAAAUUUCAGAAGGCAGCAAAAGCUGCCCAUCUGUCUGGGGUCCACAUGCCAUAUUGGCUUGAUUGGUUGUUUUCGUGUCCAUCUGUCUUUCUCACUGGCGAAGUUUUACAUACCCUUCAUAAGUUUUUUGCAGAUCAUCCACUCAAAUGGAUCAAGGAGAUAGUAGGAAAACCCGAGCUCGACACCCGCUUCAUUAUUCAGCACAAACAGGUAGGGACGCACCACUUUACUAAAGGCAUCAUGCACGUCAACCAAAUGACUGGGUGCGCUGCUCCACCUAGAUUCGUUCGUGCAAUCCGCGCUCUCAUAGAUUUUAUCUAUUAUGCUCAAAAUCCAGUCCAUUCUCCCGAAUCCUUACAGUCGAUGGUGCAGGCACUCUCUGAUUUUCAUGCAUUCAAGGAUGCUAUCAUCGAGGCCAAGGCGAGGAGGGGGAAGAAGGGCGCCAAAGAAGACUUUUUUAUCCCCAAGCUCGAGUUACUCCAAAGCUUCAGAGGCACAAUUGAGAGACUGGGUACCUUGAUGCAGUUUUCAGCCAAUAUGACGGAGUGCUUGCUCAUCACUCACUGCAAGGAUCUCUUUGCCCGAACAAGUCGACGAGUGAAUGAUUUCAUGGAGCAGUGCAUACGGAUUCUCAAUCGCCAGGAGUCAAUGGAAUUGUUCAACCUGUAUGCGCUGAUCACUUCCCAUGGUGCAUCGCUCAUCAACGCCAUAAGCCUUGAAGAUGAGGAAGUGACGACUGUCAACCCAGCACUCUCCUGGGUUUCUCGUAUACUCCCUGAUGAAGCAUAUUCUGUCCAUGGACCUCAACGAGUCCUCCCUGUCGCCCAUCGAUAUUCUCACCAAAUACGCACUCGUUGA